GGAAUCGCCCGCCCGAUGGUGUGCAUUGGUCUCGAUCUGUAGCGUAGGUUAAGGGUGCGUGGGUCAGCGAUUUUGCGAUACCCGCCACGUCGUGUAGGAAAUAUCGCACGGGUUGGAAUCCCUUGGUUCCCUGGGCUCCGCUUCCUCCCUCGCUCCUGGUGUAAUCGGACGCCGGGAAGAAUCCCCAUCGAUUGGUGUGCGGCCUGGAGCCUGGAUUGUGCGGUUCUGAUAUGCGAAGUGUUCGUUGAGUUGUAGGAUAUUUCGGUGCACUCCUCUGCGCCUUUUGGACGCUCUCUGCUCGGACCCUGAUUCCAGACCUGCAUUGCGGUGUUGAAGCUAGAAGCGAGGCUGGCGUAGUGAGGUUGUCAAAGAGUUCCUCUUGGAUGCUGUUGGGAGUGAGAGCAUACAUUUCUGCAGAUCACUUUGCUAGCCAAGCGCUGUUGUGCCAUUCUUAUGCUGUGCAUUUGACGCUCGCAUUGAAGCAAUUCAACAAUGCAGAGACACGGAGUUCUGUUGAAGGCACAUUCUGUGUCAUGUGCCGCCGUUGCCGGUCUCCGUUGUCAGGAAACAGGCAGACGAGGUAGCACUUGCUCGGUUGAAGUUUCACUGUGCAACUGCCCCGCCGCCUCCGCUCUGUCCAGCUUCAAUUCCCGUCUUUUGAAGAGCAGCCUUCAAUGUAGCUCCAUCGCGCGGACCUCUCAGUUGAUGAUACCAAAUUUGAAUGAGAGCACCCGAAGAACCAAGAGAGCUGCAGUGAUCUCGCCCAGGGCUGUAAUUGCUACUGCCACCGAUGUAGCAGAGUUUACGAAGGAGUUUUCACUUGAUGAUGGCAUCAAUCUAAAGGUCAAAGCUACUGGUGCAGCACUUGGCAAACCUGCAUCAUUACAAUUUGAAGUAUUCAACUGUCGCGUUGAUUCAUUGCUACUCCACUGGGGCGCAUUGCAACCUGGAAAAAAUGCUUGGAUUAUUCCGACCAACCGACCUGAAGGAAGUUAUGAAAAUCACGGUGCAGUGCAGUCUCCGUUUCAAAAGGCUGGGGACACUGCAUCAGUCACAAUCGAUUUUACAGAUUUUAGCCUUAACAGCGUAGAAUUUCUAUUGGUCGACAAGAACAGGAAUCACUGGUACAAGUUGAACGGCGGGAAUUUCCGAGUUGAUAUUCCACAAUCGAAUGUGGACCUCUCAGGGAUCCAUGUUCCCGAGGAACUUGUCGGAAUCCAAUCUUAUCUGCGUUGGGAACGAAUGGGAAGACAAAAUUAUUCCCCUGAACAGGAGAAGGCUGAGUAUGAAGAAGCACGCAAAGAGCUUCAGAGGGAGGUUGCUCUAGGAACUUCCAUCGAUAAAAUUAAGUUAAGGCUACAAGGUGGUGACACCGGCCAAAAGUCAAGCGGUAAUGGUGCUUCGAAGUCUGACAACAAUGGAGGCAGUAAGUCAUCAAAUAAUUCGAAGGGGAGGAGUGUGUCUAGAAUAACAAGGAAGAAGUGGAGCACUGACGACCUUUUCAACAAAUUCACUGCGGGCGCCAGAGCAGGGUCAAAUACACCCGCUCCUCCUAAAGAACGUUCUCCUUUGCAGAAAGCUGCUCAACAAUUGGAAUCUGUUGAGGGUAACGAGGUUGUUUCGAAGAAAUUCUUCAGAGUUGGACAUGAUGAACUUUUGGUAUUGGUGAUUAAGGCUGAAGGAAAAGUUAAUAUUCAUAUUGGUACAAACUUCAAGGAGCCUUUGGUUAUGCGAUGGGCAGUUUCAAAGGACCAUGCGAGAGAAUGGGCGCUCCCUCCGGAAACUGUUACACCCGCUGAAUCUACCCUUCAGGAAGGAACAGUUGAUACUUUGUUUGUUAAGAACUUUGCCGGAGAUGAUUCCCUCCAGGGUAUUGUAAUCAACCUUGGGGAUAACCAAUUUAUUGGUAUACCAUUCGUAAUGCAUAGCGGGGGCAACUGGUACAAGGACAAUGGUUCGGACUACUAUGUUUCUGUCCUACCGAAGGAGAAAGCGGCAUUCAAGGCUGUUGGAGACGGGAAAGGGACUGCUAAGGAGUUUCUGGAAGAUAUUGCUAGUCAAGAGAGUGAAGCUGAACGCUCCCUCAUGCACAGAUACAACAUUGCCACUGGUUUGACGGAGCGGGCGAAGGAUGAAGGAGAGCUUGCCCAGGCUGGGAUUUUAGUCUGGUUGCGGUACAUGGCCACUAGACAGUUAACGUGGAACAAGAACUACAACGUGAAGCCAAGAGAAAUUAGUGCAGCUCAAGAUAGACUUACCAACCUGCUGCAACAAAUGUUUUCCGAACAACCCGAGAAUAGAGAGAUGAUUCGUCUCAUAAUGAGUACUGUAGGUCGUGGAGGAGAAGGUGAUGUGGGGCAACGUAUUCGAGAUGAAAUCCUCGUCGUUCAGCGCAAUAACGAUUGUGCUGGAGGCAUGAUGGAAGAGUGGCAUCAGAAGCUUCACAACAACACUAGUCCAGAUGAUGUCGUGAUUUGCCAGGCGCUGCUGGACUAUAUCAAGAGCGAUUUCAAGAUGGAAGUCUAUUGGAAAACGUUGAACGACAAUGGUGUUACUAAAGAACGCAUGCGCAGCUACGAUCGUCACAUUGGUUCAGAGCCCAGUUUUAGACAUGAUCAAAAGGAAGGACUUAUCAGAGAUCUCACAAACUAUUUGAGGACUUUGAAGGCUGUUCACUCUGGUGCUGAUUUGGAAUCUGCUGUCCAAGCCUGCAUGGGUUACACUGCACAGGGAAGCGGCUUCAUGGGUGAUGUCAAAAUACAUCCGAUAAGUGGCUUGUCUGGGGCUUUACCUCAACUUCUAGCGUUCGUCUUGGAGCACGUUGAAGACAAGAAUGUUUUACCGCUACUUGAGGGAUUGUUGGAAGCGCGAAGGGAAUUGCGGCCAACUCUUUUGAAACCCCAUGACCGCCUACGAGACAUUAUCUUUCUGGACUUGGCCUUGGACUCAACUGUACGCACAGCUAUCGAGCGUGGUCUGGAGGGUUUUUCUAGUUCAGGACCAGCGGACCUAGCACUUGUUAUCAGUAUGGUGGUUGAAAACCUGGCUUUAUCAAGCAAUAACAACGAGGAGCUCGUGUACUGUUUGAAGGAUUGGUACCACGUUAUCGACAUUAUCAAUAAUAGAAGCCACAAUUGGGCUUUGAGAACAAAGGCUGUGCUUGAUCGUACACGACUUGCAUUGCAAGACAAAGCGGAAUAUUAUCAAAAAAUUCUCCAGCCAACUGCGGAAUAUCUUGGAGCGUUGCUUGGAGUAGAAGAGUGGGCUGUAAACAUCUUUACCGAAGAAAUGAUCCGAUCAGGCUCGGCAGCAUCGCUAUCUCAACUAUUAAACAGGCUUGACCCAAUUAUACGAAAGGAGGCACAUAUGGGCAGUUGGCAGGUGAUAAGCCCGGUCGACGUGAAGGGCUUCAUUGAAGUUGUUGAUGAAUUAGAGCAUGUGCAAGACAAGGUAUACGAUCGCCCCACAAUUUUGGUGUCAGGGCGUGUGAAGGGAGAGGAAGAGAUUCCUGAUGGCGCUGUGGCUGUGUUAACCCCGGAUAUGCCUGACGUCCUUUCUCAUGUCUCUGUACGGGCUCGUAAUGGCAAGAUCUGCUUCGCAACAUGCUUUGAUCCGAACGUUCUUGGUGAAUUACGAAAGAAGGACAAGAAGGCAAUUUCUGUUCAGAUUUCUGCCAAUGCUGACCUAUCAUACAGUGAAAUCGGGGCAGCGGAGGUAGCUAGUGCGAUUGCAGUAGACGAUAGCCAGGCACCUCCUCCAAAGAUUGUUUUGAAAAAGAAGAAAUUUGUUGGGAAAUAUGCUAUAUCAGCCGAUGAGUUCACUCCAGAUAUGGUCGGCGCUAAAUCCCGUAAUAUAGCCAAUUUGAGGGGAAAAUUGCCUUCAUGGGUUCGCCUCCCUACUUCGGCAGCAUUGCCAUUUGGAGUUUUCGAGAAGGUUUUAGCAGAGAGUAUCAACAAGGAUGUGGCUACUGAGAUUGCAUCCCUCAGUAAGCAGCUGGCUGAUGGUGAUUUCAGUAAGUUGAAGGAUGCUCGAGAAACUGUCUUGAACCUUAAAGCGCCUCCAGCAUUGGUUGAGGAGUUGAAAACAACUUUGAAAGGUUCAGGUAUGCCAUGGCCUGGAGAUGAAAGCGAGGAGAGAUGGAUGCAAGCUUGGACUGCUAUCAAGAGGGUGUGGGCUUCAAAAUGGAACGAAAGAGCGUAUUUCAGUACUCGCAAAGCCAAGAUAGAUCAUAGCGACUUGUGCAUGGCAGUGUUGGUUCAAGAGAUCAUCCAAGCUGAUUAUGCCUUCGUUAUUCAUACCGUCAAUCCAUCCACUGAAGACGAGACAGAGAUUUAUGCAGAGAUUGUGAAGGGUCUUGGUGAAACUCUUGUUGGAGCAUACUCGGGUCGUGCCCUCAGCUUUGUAGCCAAAAAGUCAGAUAUUAAGAAUCCCAAGGUUCUGGGUUAUCCUAGCAAGCGGAUAGGCUUGUUCAUCAACCCAUCAAUUAUUUUCAGAUCCGACUCGAACGGAGAGGACUUGGAGGGAUAUGCUGGCGCCGGUCUUUAUGACAGUGUACCUAUGGACUUCGAGGAAGAAAGAGUGGUGGACUAUUCCACUGACCGCUUGAUUGUAGACGAGGCUUUUCAGAAGACCAUUUUGACGAAGAUAGCACAGGCAGGAUACGAUAUUGAGAAAUUACUAGGGUCCGCACAGGAUAUUGAAGGUGUGAUCAAGGAUGGUGAACUGUACGUCGUUCAAACGAGACCCCAGAUGUAGAUGCUGGAUUGUCUCCAGUACUGCCUCGAUGGCAUUAGCUUUACUUAUUAUAAAUUUUUGAUAGCAGAUUGAGUGGUGGAAAAUAUAGUGGUCAUUGGACCUGCUCAACACCACAGUAAUCGAAAGACUGAAAAUGUGGUAUAGAUGCCAUCCGUAGGUGGUUUAGUUGACAAAAUGAUGUAAUGUAGCAAAUUUCUCCUUAAUCCCAAAUAUUAAUUUGCAGAUGUUGGGAAAGUACACCCUGCAAAAGCCGUCUGUAAUUGAAAACAAUAAUGCAUCCGGUUGACACUUGGCAUGUUUUAAA